UGAAAUUUUGUCACACACAAAAACAAAAAGGUGAAUUAAAUUUUCAUCUACAAAAAUCUAGGAAAUUAUAUUUCACACGAAAGAAACAGAAAACAGACCGAGUAGCAUGCAAACACGUUCUAUAAAUUCAUUCCAUUCAUUCAUUCUACCCUCAAUUCCAAAUUCUUACUCUCUUUCCCGGUAACAAUUUCCGUCAUUGCCGCCGGCAAUAUUUCCGGCGAAUUCUAUCUUCGCCGGUAAGUCUCUCAUUCAUUUCAAUUCAAUCCCUUCAUCUCCAAUUUUACCGCUCUAAUUUUCAGAUCAGAAACUGCAACUUGCCUUUGCUCAAUUAUUUUAGGUGAUGUGAAUGUUUUCUUUUGUGAUGAUCAUAUAAAAUUGAUCUGAAAUUUUGGACUGAUAGAGACCCUUUUGCUUUUGCCACUUAGAUUUGGCAAAGAAAGGUUCAUAAAAUGGUUGGUUAUUUGUCCAGUAUACUUGGGUAUGCUGAGAAAUGUGACAGCUACUUGAUUUUUAGUGGAGAAACUGCUCUUGGGAAUAGUGUUAGGAUAGUUUUGUAUUUUCUUGGUCUUGCCUAUUGUUUCAUUGGGUUAUCGGCAAUAACGGCCCGAUUCUUUCAAUCUAUGGAAAAUGUUGUCAAGCAUUCAAGGGAGGUAGUGGUGAUAGAUCCUGUUACUAAAGCUGAAAUUAUUACACAUGAAAAAGUUUGGAAUUAUACAAUUGCAGAUAUUAGUUUGUUGGCCUUUGGAACCAGUUUUCCUCAGAUAUCGUUGGCUACUAUUGAUGCUAUACGAAAUCUAGGGAAUCUCUAUGCUGGAGGUUUGGGACCUGGAACACUCGUGGGUUCUGCUGCGUUUGACCUCUUCCCCAUCCACGCUGUUUGUGUAGUAAUUCCAAAAGCUGGAGAGUUGAAAAAGAUUGCUGAUCUAGGAGUAUGGAUCGUGGAGUUAUUUUGGUCAUUUUGGGCUUAUAUUUGGUUAUACAUCAUUUUGGAGGUAUGGACUCCAAACGUGAUAACUUUGUUGGAGGCCUUGUUGACAGUACUUCAGUAUGGAUUACUGUUAAUUCAUGCUUAUGCUCAAGACAAACGUUGGCCCUAUAUUUCUCUACCUAUUGCAAGAGAUGAGAGGCCAGAAGAUUGGGUUCCGGAAGAGAUUCCUAGACAAAAGUCCCUUGAGACAGUGGAGUGCUCUGAGAUAACUCAUUUUAAUGAAGAGAACAGGGACACUGUUGAUAUUUUUUCCAUUCAUUCAGAAAACUCAAGAGAUACAUACGUAAGAGUACCACAAACAGACGAUGCAGAAAAUUCUGGCAAAUUUAUGGAAACAGAGCUUGAGGAUACCUGUUUGCUUACUAUUUGGAGACAGCAAUUUGUGGAUGCACUGACGGUCUGUAAUUUUUUUCAACAGGUGGAGAGCCAAAAAUCUAAAAAGAUGGACAAUAUCUAUACCCGCAUAGCUAAAAUUUUCUGGCAGUUGUUGCUUUUACCAUGGAGAUUUAUGUUUGCUUUUGUUCCCCCAUGCCAUAUUGCUCAUGGUUGGAUUUCUUUCAUUUGCUCUCUGAUUUUCAUCAGUGGGAUAGCUUACAUUGUGACUAAGAUAACAGAUCUUAUAAGUUGUGUCACAGGAAUAAAUGCCUACGUCAUAGCAUUUACAGCACUAGCCGGUGGAACCUCAUGGCCUGAUUUAGUGGCGAGCAAGAUUGCUGCUGAACGUCAAAAAACAGCAGACUCUGCAAUUGCAAACAUCACUUGCAGUAAUUCAGUGAAUAUAUAUGUCGGCAUUGGUGUUCCAUGGCUUAUAGAUACUUUGUACAAUUUCAUAGCAUAUAGAGAACCUCUUCGAAUCCAAAAUGCAGGGGGACUUAGCUUUUCAUUGAUUGUUUUCUUUGCCACUUCUGUUGGAUGUAUAUCAGUUUUGGUUCUUAGGCGUAUAGUUUUUGGCGCAGAGCUUGGAGGACCAAGGCUUUGGGCAUGGAUUACCUGCGCAUUUUUCAUGCUGCUCUGGGUUAUUUUUGUUGUACUGUCUUCACUUAAGGUUUCUGGAUUCAUUUAGGAUUGUAUUUGGGAAACAUUUUCAGUCCCUUAAUUUAUCAGACACACCAUCAUUCUUUGUUCAUUGUUGCAUGGCAUGUGUGUGUAUAUGUGCGCGUGUUUCCUGAGUGCCCUCUCUUAUCGUCAUUACUAUUCCUCCUUCCCUCAUGUACUGCCAUACCUCAGCUUUAUAAAUAAAUAAAAAAUCCUUUUAGUUUGAUGUAUUA